CCGAUAGGCUGAGCUAACUCUGUAAUCUCUCUCUCUCUCUCUCUCUCUCUCUCUUUGCGCGCGAGCAUUGCUGGUGAAAUGGCGAAGGACGGCGACGUGAAGCUGAUCGGGGCGUGGCCGAGCCCGUUCGUGAUGAGGCCAAGGAUCGCGCUGAACCUGAAGGGGGUGGAGUACGAGUUCCUGGAGGAGAAGUUCGGCGCCAAGAGCGACCUCCUCCUCCGGUCCAACCCGGUCCACAAGAAGAUCCCCGUCCUCCUCCACGCCGACCGCCCGGUCUGCGAGUCCCUCGUCAUCGUCCAGUACGUCGACGACGCCUGGCCCUCCUCCGGCCCUUCCAUCCUCCCCUCUGAUCCCUAUGAUCGCGCCACCGCCCGCUUCUGGGCUGCCUACAUCGACGAGAAGUGGUUCCCGUCCAUGACCGGCAUAGCGAAAGCGCAAGGGGAGGAGGCGAAGAAGGCCGCGCUCGACCAAGUCGCCGAAGGCCUGUCGCUGCUGGAGGACGCGUUCGGCAAGAUCAGCAAGGGCAAGCCCUUCUUCGGCGGGGACACCGUGGGCUUCCUCGACAUCGCGCUCGGGUGCUUACUCGGGUGGCUGAGGGUGACGGAGAAGAUGAACGGCGUGAAGCUGCUCGACGAGGCCAAGGUCCCAGGGCUGGCCAAAUGGGCUGAGAGGUUCUGCGCCGACGACGCUGUGAAGGGGGUGAUGCCAGAGACGGAUAAGCUCGCCGAGUUCGCGAAGUUGAUCAUGGCCAAGUUCAAAGCUGCUCCUUCUCCCCAGUGAAUCAGAGAAAGCAGUUUCUUGUUCGCUCGUCUUAGAGGUACAGUCGUGCGGGGUCGCAUGAUCGAUGACUUGAGUGCUGGAAUAAAUGUUGUGGACCUUCUUGGGUAGCUUUCGGGUUCCCCUCCGAUAUGCUCCUCUUCUGUAGUUGGUUGGGGUAUGCCCAUUUGGAACAGAGUACAAGAAUGUACCGCCGAGUUCUCGGUUAAACCUGUGUUUAACAAUAUCAAUGUGGCCUUUUUGAGUUAA